AAAGCCUACGCAGCACACUCGGGAGUCGGGAAUCAGGGAGAGAGAGAGAGAGCAGAAAAAAAAAAAAACAAAAUAGAGCAAGUACAUUGCCAGAAGAUCAUAAGAUCUCUGCAACUGUUAACAGAAAACGAAGUGGCAGCGGAAAAGAAAGAAAAAUAAGGAUUGGUGCUGCGAGUGUGUUCCCUUUUCGUCGGAUCUCGAUUCUCAAAGUCCAGGAAUCCCGAAUCAAGCUCCAAGAAGCAAUUACUGGGUCUUGCGCUUCUCUGUGGUUUCCAACUCAAAGUUUCCCUUCUAAGAAAGAGUGUCACCGUUGUGUUUAUUGCAGUUUUUCUGUUUUUUUCUUUAGCACCGCUAAUAUGGCAAUCUUAGGUGAGAAAGAGACAACAUUGUGUGACAACUAAGGAACUGCCAAUCUUGGACUCAGGUUGACUUUUGAGAAUCUGGGUACAUUAAUGCAAAACUGUUAAGCUGUAACGGACGGCCAAGCCAAUACGAGCACUUUUGCACUACUCUCGUCGGAAGGAAAGAAAACGGGCGAGCAAAUUCUCUCUUGCUCAGGAGUUGCAAAAAACUACGGAUUGCGGACUGUCACACAUUUGUCACAAAGAAAGUCCCUUGCUUUUACUCUGCUUCUGCUUGUCCCAUUAUAAAUCCCUUGUCAAACUCUCAAGCACAGAGCCACAGAGAGUCAGAGACUGAGAUUUGACCAAUUUCGUUCGUAACAAAAUGUUACCACAGCCACAAGCAGAGGAAGCCAUGGUCUCGAGCUUCAACUUGACUGAGCGUGAUGACAGAGAGGAUGAGAAGUCAGAUGAGCCAGGUUCUGGCUUCAAAAACUUUCUCUGGCACGGUGGGUCUGUCUAUGAUGCAUGGUUCAGCUGUGCAUCCAACCAGGUGGCUCAGGUUCUGUUAACGCUUCCAUACUCCUUCUCUCAAAUGGGUAUGCUUUCAGGGAUCAUACUGCAGGUCUUUUAUGGUAUACUUGGAAGCUGGACUGCUUAUCUUAUCAGUAUUCUCUACAUCGAGUACCGAAGCCGAAAGGAGAAAGAGAAUGUCAGCUUCAAGAACCAUGUCAUUCAGUGGUUUGAGGUGCUAGAUGGUUUACUUGGUCCGUACUGGAAAGCCGUUGGGUUGGCCUUCAACUGUACCUUCCUCCUCUUUGGAUCUGUUAUCCAACUUAUAGCCUGUGCGAGUAACAUAUACUACAUAGAUGACCAUUUAGACAAGAGGACAUGGACAUAUAUCUUUGGAGCUUGCUGUGCCACCACCGUGUUCAUACCUUCAUUCCACAACUACAGGAUUUGGUCCUUCCUUGGACUGGGAAUGACCACCUACACUGCUUGGUAUUUGACCAUCGGAGCCCUUGUUAAUGGACAGGUAGAGGGUGUCGAGCACAGUGGCCCGACAAAGUUGGUUUUGUAUUUCACAGGCGCCACCAAUAUAUUGUAUACUUUCGGCGGGCACGCCGUCACCGUGGAAAUCAUGCAUGCAAUGUGGAAGCCUCAGAAAUUCAAGUACAUUUACCUCCUGGCCACCCUCUAUGUGUUCACCCUUACUCUUCCAUCUGCAAUUGCAAUGUACUGGGCCUACGGAGACAAACUCCUCACCCAUGCCAACGCAUUUGCACUCCUUCCCCGGAAUGGAUGGCGUGACGCUGCAGUCAUUUUAAUGCUCAUUCACCAGUUCAUAACAUUUGGCUUUGCUUGUACGCCGCUUUAUUUCGUGUGGGAGAAAGUUAUAGGAAUGCAUGACACUAAGAGCAUAUUUUUGAGGGCGCUGGUGCGGUUGCCUGUGGUGAUUCCAAUCUGGUUCUUGGCCAUUAUAUUUCCGUUCUUUGGUCCCAUUAACUCCGCUGUGGGGGCUCUUUUGGUCAGUUUCACGGUCUAUGUCAUCCCCUCCUUGGCACAUAUGCUCACUUUCAGAUCUGCAUCCGCCAGAAAGAAUGCGGCUGAGAAGCUUCCGUUCUUCCUCCCCAACUGGACUGUCAUGUUUGUGGUGAACACAUUUAUAGUGGUUUGGGUGCUGGUAGUCGGCUUUGGCUUUGGAGGGUGGGCUAGCAUGAACAAUUUCAUCAACCAAGUUGACACUUUCGGGCUCUUUGCCAAGUGCUAUCAGUGCCCGCCCCGAGUCCCAGGAGCAAAAAAUCACUAAUUUCUUCCUGCAUUUUUCAUAAGCAGCAUCAGCAUUUCUCCUUUUGCUAUGUGGUGUAUUUUCCCUAUCCUUUUGUUAAGUCUAGUAUCGUGAAAGGGGAUGUUUCCUUUAGUAUCAAAGCAACACUUGCAUUUGGAUUUCUUUUUUUUCCCCUAUAUAUGAAUGAAAAUAUAUUCAAAGGAUACCAAGGCUGAAGGGGAGCGCCAACCUAGAACAUUUAUCAUUUGAUAUCAAAUCUUACAAAAGCUAAAAGAUGUCAGUUUUUUAUGAGUUUUGGUA